CUAAAAUCUGAAACAGGUCUGUAGUCUGUAUGUGCCUUGGAUUUUACUUGAGGCACUCGUUGGUACUUUCAUUGUCAGUUUAGUUCAAGAAGCUUACCAUUACCAAGUCUGCAACUGCAACAUAAAAAUGUUUCGAAGUGUGUCUGGGCGCUUAUUGCAAGGUAAUGCAUUCAAUUAAUUAAAAAAGUUCAUUUGUCACAUGUCGAUAUGUCAACGUAUACUUUAUUAUAUUUAUAUACGUCAUAUAUUUUGUCUUAGAAUUAGUUCAGCCUGAACUUUUGUCAUUACUUAUUACUUUGUAACUUUUUAAUUUACUCUGACAAUAAAUUAUAUAGGCCUAAGCUAUGGCUAUGGGUAUGACUAUACUAUAACUACAGACUAUACAGUAAUAGUACAGUUACAGGCCUAAAUUCCUAACUGACUAACUGCCUAACUCUAACUAAGCGGCCUAAAUAAUAAAUAAUAAAUAAUAAUUAACAAUUGCAUAUAAUUAAUAUGAUUAUAAUAUAAAUGCCUGAGAUGGGACCCAACUAACUUACUAGUGAUUGAUAUGUUAAUAUAGGCCUGGGGUCGGAAACUAUGGCUCACAGCCAGAUGUGGCUCUAUUGAUUGCUGCAUCUGGCUCGCAGACUAAUGUUCGAUUAUAAAAAAAGUCGCAUUAAUGGUAAGAAAUACUCAUUAUUGAUUAGCAUCAGCAUAACAAUGUUAUUAAAAUGAAUUCAGAGACAUAAUUAUUGCAUUUUUAGUGUUGAAAUUACACUGAAUGCACACAUUUACUUGAAUUUUUAUUUUUAAACAUAAUGAAUGUAUGGCUCUCACAGAAUUACUUUUCAAAAUAUGUGGUGUCCAUGGCUCUCUCAGACAAAAAGGUUCCUCGACCCCUCAUAUAGGUCAUAAUAAAUUACUUCAGUUUCAGACUUGGCCUAGGCCUGAGUGAGUAAAGACUAAAGACUGACACUGACUUUAAUUGAAUUUACUUUAAAUUUUAAAUUAAAAUACCUACUUAAAUAACCUACUUAUAAUGACACACACAAAAUUUAAUGUCGCUAUUUGUAUUUGAUUAAAAUUCUAUCCACCCUUGCAUUAGCUCUGUUUUAAAUUAUAUUUAUAUAGCCCAUAUGUAAGAAAAAACGAAAUUAAGGGCCCCUGGCUCAAAAUAGAAUAUUUUAAAAUAGGUGUAAUAAUUCAGAAACCUUUUCGGGCAUAAUCACAACAACUCAACAAAGUUUUAUCGCACUCGAAUGAAUGGUAUAGGAGCGCAUACGCUUUGUAUUUAUAAACUCAUGUAAGAUAAAACGAAUUUAUGGCCCCAGCACAAAACAAAAUAUUUUUAAAUGGUUGUAAUAAUCCAGAAACCUUUGCAAGCAAGUGCACAACAUCUCACCAAAGUUUUAAAGUAUUCGGAUAAAUGGUAUAGGAGAGCAUACGGAAAUUUAUUUUUUACAAAGCUCAUAUCAGAAAAAAAAAAAUUUAGGGCCAACAGCCCAAAAUGGAAUAUUUUAAAAGGUUUGUAAUGACUCAGAAAAAUGGAUGGGCUUGUGGACAACAACUCACCAAAAUUUAUCGCAAUCGCGUGAAUGGUGUAGGAGCGCAUACUGGACAUAACAUACAUACAGAAAUUCAUUUUUAUAUAUUUUAUAGAAAAUAAAAUAUAAAAGUAAUUACUUUAAUUAAAGGCUUUAAUAAAGCCUAGAGUCUGGAGUCUGGUGGUGAAGGAGUUGAAUGAACUAUCUAGGCCCCCCCCCCCCGGAUUGAUUGGAUAAAAAUAUUUUAGACAAAAAUUAAUUAAAGUAAAGAGAAAAUAAAGAGAAAGAAACUAAGCUGAUGUCCUGUCCGUUCGUUCACCAUACAAAUACGCUACAGUAAAUUAAAACUACAUUCAAACAUUACUACAAAAUUUUGCCUCCCCCUGGAAAGUUAAUCGAUUUUUUUUGCCACCCCCUAGAAAGUUUUCUGCGGGCGCCCAUGUAUAUAUAUUAUAUAUAUAGAUAUAUAUAUAUAUAUAUAUAUAUAUAGAUAGAUAUAUAUAUAUAUAUAUAUAUAUAGAUAGAUAGCCAAGGUUUUUAAGUGCCUUCUUAUGUGCAUCCUUAAACAAGGCAUUAAAAUUGAUAAAUGCUUGUCAGCACAAUUCAACUUUGAACACAAAAAUCUAUUUUGCCAUUCUAAUUUACUUACCUGCAAAGGCAGGAAGGCCUACAUUUUAGAAAAUUAACAAUUGCUCAUAUGAAAUUGGAAAUUGUUUGUACCCACUUUGAUUGCAUCUAAUGUGUAGUAGAUAAAUGGCUGUACUUAAACAAGUAAUGUAUUUGGAGUUCCAAAUGAUCCUGAAAGAAAACGACAAAUUAUGUCUGUUCCCCCCCCCCCCCCCCCCCCCCCCCCCCCCCCCCCCCCCCCCACCCACUCCCCAACACACACACAUUCCCAGUGAAUGCUUUUUACUGUUAAGCUGUGUUUGUGGUAGUGCACUCUUAGCUUCUAAAGUCAGUUCACAUGAAAAUUUAGAGCUUCGUGGGGAUUUAUUUUUGAAAAUAAAAUAUCAAAAUUUAUUCAAUAUUUCUAUGCCAUUAUCAAACACUUUAUUGCUUAAAACUUCAAUAUGCAAAAAUUAAGUUAAUUAAGCCUUGCAUAUUGCAAUGGGGGCAGUGCAUUUCAUUUUUUAUAAAAUUUUGAUGUCAAGCCUAUCUGAAGAUUACCUGGUAUGCUUCUACCAAUGACAUACAAUUUGUAAAAUGUUUACAAAGAAAUUUAUUGCAAACACACUCUUAAGAAAUUUAAAGUGAACGUUGCCUAGAACUGAUGGGACCUAUCACUCCACUCACUUGCACUCCUCCCUCCCUUUUCUACCAAUGACUUUUAGCUUUGCUUGCCAGCGCCAUCUUAUGUGAAGUUUAUUGCCUUAAUUAGUGGUGUGUAUUUGUAUAAGGAAUUGUCUUGUGCACCAUUUGUCUAAGCUCUGUGUUAAAGUGGGCCAGAGUACCAACCACAUUUAGAAAAGUUGGACCAGCAGGUAGAUAAAAAAAUAAAAUUAUGCUUACUACAUCACAAAAUUUGUAGGAUCAGCUGAAUGAAUUUCAAAUCAACUGUCAUUUUUGUUUAUGUCAUAAGAUAUUUAGUCUUGUGAUAGUUAGCUGGAGGUCCACUAAGUCAACACAGAAAUCUUCACAGAAAUGUAUAAACUCAUGUUUCUCUGUCCAAAUCCCAUUUGUAGUUUAAUAGUGGUUUUUUUUUUCAUUUUAAAUGGGAUUCAGAAUGAUUGGAGUUCCAUUUCUCUUAUUCUUAUUAUAAAAAAAUAUUAUAAAAAAGUUAUAAAACAAAACAAAACCUAAUUAUUUUGUUUGUUUGUUAAGGGGUUUUGUGUUAUUAAUAACUUACGAUAUUUAAAAAGAAAUAAAGCUGUAAAUCUAUAGAUACUAUAAUACUUCUAAAAAUACAAGUUUUUUUCUUUUUAAGGUGUGUGCAAUCAUCAGUGUAAAAGUGCUGCUGCAUCAACAUCCACAGUAAAUGGACUUCCAGAUAUGCCACCCUGUGACUUUAAACCAGAUAAACAUCAGGUCUGAUUUUUCACAAUUACUAUUUUCAUAGAUUUUUUUCCAUUGUUAGCUUGCCCAAUCACCUACUUUGCCUUUUGUUUUUGUUUUUCUGACAAUGAGACUUGAAUGCUAAGGGGUUGUCUAUAAUGGAUGUCUACAUAAAAAAUGAAUUUUUUCCCCACCCCUUGUCUGCAUUUGGCUUAUCCCCCAUCCCCAAGAGAAGGUGUUUGCAAAAUGCCAGGAAGUAUAAUGAUUAUAAGGAUCAAAGAGUCAGUAGAGUUAAACUUCUAAAUAAGUCUGAUCAGGAAAUGUUAAUGUCUUUUGCAUAGGUUUUUCAUUCUUCAGGCAUCAUUGGCAGUAUUGCAAACAUGCUGUCAGACAAUGAUUAAAAAUCAAUAUAUAAAACCAUAUAAAAAACUUAAGACUUCAGUAGUUCUUUAUAAUGAUAGAUUUACACACAAAAAAAUAAGUGAAGUGACUAAUGAAAUAAUCAGUUCAAAAAAGUGACCAAAUAACACCUUUGUACUUUUAACAUAUUGUAUACAUUGUUUUUUUACCUUAACCAUUGAUAACAUAACAUAACUUCAGCAUUUUCAAUAUAACAAUUUGAGCUUAAGAUAACUUUCAAUUACAGUAUGACACUUUCGGCUUAAGUUAAAAUAACUUUCGACAUUUCGACAUCUUCAGUAUAACACUUUGGGCUAAAGAUAACAUAACUUCAACAUUUUCAACAAAACACAUUUGGCUUAAGAUAACAUCACUUCAAUAUUUUCAAUUUGACACUUUGGGCUUAUAACAUAACUUUGGGCUUAUAACAUAGCUUUCAACAUUUUCAAUAUAAAACUUUGGGGUUGAGAUAACAUAACUUCACCAUUUUAAGUUUAACAAUUUGGGCUUUUUUUCUCUGACUAUGUGAAUCCCUCUAUCAAUGUUACCAGAAAUAAUCUACAUGUUUUAGUUUGUAAAAUGCAUUUUAAAAAAAAUUAUAGAAUGAAUAUUUUAUAAACAUUUUCUAGGGACCUGACCUGAAAAGUGUUCUUGCGACCAGAAAGAGCAAUUUAAAUCCAGCACUUUUUACGUUCUACAAAGAACCUGUGUACAUCCAUCAAGGUCACAUGCAGUAUCUCUGGGAUGUCAGUGGCAAACGUUAUGUGGACUUGUUUGCUGGGAUUGUCACAGUCAGUGUGGGGCACUGUCAUCCGUUAGUAUUAACAUUUUUGUUGUAUCUAAACUUAGCUACUGUUCAUGUCAUUUCUUAAUUUUGAAAAUUCCCACACCUUGUUUCAGGACAUAAUUGUCCAUUUAAAAAAUAUUAAAUCUUAAGUUAUAGUAAAAGAUCCAUGACCUCACACUCUCCAGUCCAUUACCUCACGCUAUUCCAGUCCAUGAACUCACACUAUUUAAUCCAUGAGCUCACGCCAUCAAUUCUUGACCUCACACCAUCCAUGACCUCACACUGUUCAAUCCAUGAUCUCACACUAUUCAAUCCAUGACCUCACACUGUUCAAUCACAUAAGAUUUGGUUAUUUUUGUUGGGAUCUAGUGUAAGAGGAAUUAAAAAUUUAUAUGUAAAAAUAAAUGGUAAAAAGGUUUUGACACUAAAAGAGCUGUUUAACUGCCACCCCCAUAAUCUAUGAUAACAUGAGCCUUUGAUAAUCUUCUAACAUAUCAUAGAAUUAGUUCCAUCAGACUUAGGAAAUCCUAUUCACAUUUGUCAAUGUUUUUCAACUGUAUUUCUUUCCAUUGGCUAAAUGGUCAUGUUACUUUACCCUUUCCAGUACAGUGGUGGCAGCAGCAGGGAAGCAAAUGAAGAAACUCUGGCAUACAACAAACAUCUAUUUACAUCCCAAGAUCCAUGAGUAUGCAGAACAACUGGCGGCCAAGCUCCCUGGCAAUUUAAAGGUAGUUGAAUGCUUUUUUUCUUAGGUUGCUCUGUCUGUUUGUUAGUUUGUGUGUGGUCAUAUCUUGCAUCUCAAUUUUGACCCACUUCCUGAUCUACAAUGGGGCUGAAACUUAGUACAUUUACCCAACCCUGAUGUUAAUACAACCCUUUAUGAUCAGAAGGUCACCAGUGACCUCCACUGACGAGUGACCACUGCAAAUCCCUGCAUCUCAAUUUUGGCCCACUUUGUGAUCUCCAAUUAAGCUAGAACUUAGUACACUUUGACUAAAAAGUACAAAAUAAAACAAUAUUAAAAAAUAGGUUUUUAAGUACAUUCUUUUCUGAAAAUGUACUAAAAAUUAUAAAAUAAAUGUCCCCCAAAACUUUAGAGAUGUUACAGACUAAAAAAGCGUGGAUCACCCAAUGAAAUAAAAUGAUGUGGCAUGACUUGACAUAUACUAUGCUGGACACAUGUAUACAUUUGCAUCGCUGCAAGUAAAUGUAAUGUGACAUAAUUGUUGAGAUACAGAUUAUUUAAUCAUUAAAAUAAGUAUGAGUUCUCACAACCGCCUUGCAUUACUGUUGUUUGCUGCCAUUGAUGAUGGGGAUCUUGACAAGUGGAAUGAAAUAGCAAUACCGCUGCUGUUAUAUAUUUUUUUUAAAAUGUCAAGGUUGUUGAGUUUGCCAUUUUUUGUUGUUGCCAGAGUUGAGUGACACACAUUUCCAGACAUUUUUCAGCUUUACCAAGAAUUUUAAAUACAAUUACUACCUUUAUUGGUUGGAAAAGUCCUUGCAAGAUAUUUUUAAAAGUUUGAAGUCAUACACAUAUUUUUUAAAGAUUCAAAAUAAAUAAACUGAGCUAAAAUGUAAUCAUCAUCUCAUCAACUCAGUUGAAUUUUUUCUAGACACAAAAAAAAAUACUGCAAAUAAUGUGAGGCCUAAAAUACUGUUAUAAUGCUAGGCCUAAAACAAUGCCAGUACUCUGUUCUUGGAUGAAAUCAUUUCAUUCUAAGUAACAGCAGAUCUUGAUUGUGAUAAUUUUUAAAAAUAAAAAUAGCUGGCCAAUUAAUCUAGCAUGAGAUAUUUGUAUGUACAAUUUGAGACAAUUCACCACUGUGGUUUUGUGCACAUGACAGAGCUGCUAUUCAUGUUAAUGAAUUCAUUUCCUUAAUUUUAAGUUAACAUUAAAAAAAAAAAAAAUCCUUUUAGGUUGUCUACCUUACAAAUUCUGGUUCUGAGGCCAAUGACCUGGCUGUGCUGAUGGCCAGGAUGUACACAGGAGUAUUUGACUGUAUUUCUCUCAGGUAGACUUUGUCCCCAACCUUGCUCUUGUUCAAUACUUGGGUUCAUUGGGACAAUAUUCAGGAGGGCAACUAAGUUAAACUGAAUUUAGGUGGGCAGCGCUGUAUAAGUCUUGAACAUAAUUUAUUUUGAAUGUAGAAAAGCAAAUCAUAUAGUAUAGAUCAAGGUCUAAUAUUUAAUUUGGCUAAAGGCUACAUUUAAAUAUAUUAUUUAACUCCAAUGUCUAACUGAUUUGUUGUUAAAAUUGUAUAAUAAUUAUUUAUAUUGUUACUUAUUGCUACAGAUUGCUCAUAUGAGUAGGUGCUAUUUGGAAAGAAAUUAAAGAAAACUAUUCUGGGUCUAUAAUAAUUUGAGUAUAAUUAUUACAUUUGAGUUGUUAAGGUGUUUGUGGAUUUUAUAGCAUAAGUAUUUAACUGAAGCUUGUGCUACAGAAACAGGUCAUUAAUGUUGUUACCAACAGAAGCUGCGGUACAAUUCUUUUAUUAAAAUUUUUAAUGAAUGCAAUUAAAAAUGUAAGCACAUUUUUAAAGUGAUGAUACUGAUAAUGAUUAUAACAGUUUUAUAAAAAAAAAAAACACAUGAAUUUGCUCAUUAGAAAUGGAUAUCAUGGUGCAAGCCCCUACUUGAUGGGAGUUACUGCCCUUUCAACAUGGCGUUAUAACAGUCCCACCGGCUUUGGUUUUCAGAAUGCCAUGAACCCAGACCCCUACAGGGGUCCCUGGGGAGGGAAACACUGUAGGGACUCACCUGCCCAGGUAUAAUAUAUCUUCAAUGCUUUAGAUUGUUUUGAUCGUGAAAUGCUAAGUUAGUGUUACUAUAUGAUAGAUAGCGAGAUAAAUCAUCAAUGCUGAGAAUAGAUUGAUGAAAACAAUUUGCUGUGUUAUUCACCAAAUAAAUAGCAUCAUAUUCUUGACUCGUGCUAUGUCAUCAAUCUGAAAAUGACCAAAGAAAUACGUGCAGAGACAUCAAAGGAGUUGUAGAAAUCACAUAAAACAUUCAGUUUUCAAUAAUCCUAUCACUUUCUGAUCCAAGCUUUCAUGGAAAGUAGAUGAUUAAUUAUUCUUCUGUUUUGAACAGCCUCAGCGCCCAUGUGACUGUGCUAAAGGUCAGUGCGUAGCAUGUGAUAAUUAUGUGGACCAAGUGGAGGAUGUCCUCAGAUAUUCAAUGCCCAAAGGCCGGGUCGGCGCCUUCAUUGCAGAAGCUAUUCAGGUUAGAUUGGUUACAAAAAUCUGUGAAGUUGCCUUAAAAGUGAAAAAACACACACGUGAAGCUUUGCCAAACUUUGUUUCAAAUAAUUGUUAAUUGAGUGAAAAGAAACAAUCAUCAACCAAAUGAAAAAAGAGGAAUGUGAUGAAAUUAAAACAUUACAAUCACUUUUAAAUAAAUUUAUUUCUUGUUAAGUAAUUGGUGUGAAAGGUAAUAAUUUGCAUCUGGUGAAAUCAAAUAUCUAUUUUUAAUCUUUAAACACAGUGGUAGAUAUUUAAUAUUUUUUCCUUGAACCUUUCAAGUUAGAUGAGGAUGCAAUAUUAUGUUCUAAUUUCAUCACAUUUCUCUAUUUAAUGUGCUUGAUGCUUGUCAGUACUUUCUUGAAUCAAGAGGUAUUUGUGACAUGCAAUCAUUCAUAUUAUAUAAUUUUUUGUUGAACUUCAUAUGAAUAUUUCUAGAAAAUAACUAACCCAUAUCAAAAGUCAUUAUAAAAACUGCAUUGGAAUAAAGAUAAAAAGAAGCCUUGUUUUGAAAUAGCGUCAUACACAUCCUCAUUUGAAUAGAAUAAUGCAUGAAUGAUUCUUCAUAGUGUAAACAAAACAUCUAUACAAUUUUCAUUCACCUAGGAUCUUGUAUUAAUUUGACAUUUUUUGGUAUUUAAAAGUUCCUAAAUUCUCUUCAAAUGACAGAUGAUUUUAAUUAAAUAAAGUCAAAUUUCUUCAUUUAAUUUUGUUUUCAGCUUUUAGAUUUUGUUCCUUCGACCUGAUAAAAAUGAUUAUUGACAAAUUGGAACUGACUUGUCCCUCUUAAUUUAAUGCAUGAUUUGAUUUUAAACUUUUAAAUCAUCAUUUUGUCACAGGGUGUUGGUGGAUCAGUUCAACUGCCCGAUGGUUAUCUGAAAAAAGUUUAUGAGAAAAUCAGGGCUGCUGGAGGACUUUGUAUCGCUGAUGAGGUUCGUUGUACUCAGAAAAUUUUCCUGUAAGCUGUUAUUGAGAUUAAUAUCUUUGAUGCUCAUUUGUUUUAGGGUCCUCAAAAUUCCAAGAAAUCACUGGUCUUGCUUUUCUUUAUCUGUGUCAUUUCCAUGCUCAAAAAGAUUAGUUCUAAUAUAGAAAAUUAAGGGAAAAAAUGUUUAGAACUCCAACCCCAAGUCCAUGUUUAAAUUCCAGCACAGCUUUAAUGCUGAUAUAAAAAUAUGCUGCAGAAUGAAAUAACAGAGCCAAAAAGAUUUGGUUCUGCCUCCCAGGCUUAAAGCUUAUGGGAAAGUGUACCUUUAAAAUAAUAAUAAAUCACAUGAUUAGUGGUGUAUUGAAUAUAGAGCAUGAAAAAUGUUUUAAAAAUACUUUUUAAAAUUUGAAGAGACUUAAGACAAUGUCCAUCAAAUGAAUUCAAAGAGGCCUGGCGCAGAGUAACAAUGAAUUAGCUUGAUAAAAUUCUGUUUAAAAAAUCUUCUUCUUUCAGUAAAUUGUAUUUUUUUUAAACCCUUCAUUCAGGUACAGACAGGCUUUGGCAGAAUGGGAUCCCAUUACUGGGGAUUUGAAACUCAAGGAGUAGUGCCAGAUAUUGGUAAUAGAAAUGUAAACUAGCUGUUGUUUUCACUGCUAAUAAUUCUAACAAUAUUGAAUGGACUGCUGGCUGCUUGUUAGUUUCAAGAAUAUUCUCAGUUUUUUAAAAUUCAGCCUGUCAUUUUUGCCAGAAGUCAAACGCAUAAGUGAUUGUUUCUCCUCCUCAGUUACAAUGGCCAAGGGUAUCGGCAACGGAUUUCCAAUGGGGGCUGUUGUGACUACUCCUGAGAUUGCGCAGACCAUGGGGAAAGCUCUUCACUUCAAUACAUUUGGAGGCAACCCAGUGGCAUCGGCUGUUGGGUUAGCUGUUCUUGAAGUGAGAAUCCCAUAGUUUUGUUUUUUGUUUUGGGGGGGGGGGGGGGGAUUGUAUACACCUUAGUUAUACGCUCAGUUACAAUAAAACAAAGAUAUCUUUUAGAAUGCCCGACAGAUGUAAUGACAUGGAUGCUCCUCAAUAGAAACAUGUAUUAUUUCAUCUGAUUCAUGUGCUAGAGUUGUUUUGUGAGGGGAUUGUUAAUAAAUCCUUACUGGUCAUUUCUUAACUGUAAAUGUCUAGUUUUCAUAUCAGUUUGAAAUUAGACAAAGCAGUAUGCCUAGGAGGAAGUUGAACAAAAUCUUUAGCUUUCUUGAUGAAUUACCAGGUAUAAGCGACCUCUGUUUCUUGCCAUUUAGUUCAUAUCUUGUUCAUUCCAUGCAAUUUGUUCCAUCUCAGAAAAUUCCAGUUUUAUAGUGCCUAGUUAUACCAAGAAGGACAUAGUGUUUGGUACACACAUUGCUCUUCAUUACAAACUCCACUUUAAUUUCUUUUAAUGUUAUAUUCUAUUGGUCAUAUGCUCUAACCUUGUUAGCAUCAAACCAGCCAUAUUUUUGGACAAAUGUUGAUAUAUCUCAGUGUUAACUUUGUUAGUUGGCAAAGGUUUCUUUAGUCUUGUUCUUCGAUUGAUGUUCAGUUUGAAAUUUGCAGGUGAUUGAAAAAGAGAAGACACAGGCCCUAUGUGCUGCAGUUGGAACAUAUUUCAUCAAAGAAUUAGACAAGCUAAGAUCUGAGUUUGAGGUGGUGGGGGAUGUCAGAGGGAAAGGUUUGAUGAUUGGUCUGGAAUUAGUCAAAGAUAAGGUAAUCCAUAACAAUAUUUUAAAAUGAGUACAUCUUUCUUUUUUUUGUUUUUUGUAUCUAAAUCUUGUUGCAUUUUACUUGAGUAUCAAACCAGUGAAAUGAAAUGGGAAUUUCCAAUAAAGUUCAUUAAAGUUGUCUUCAUUUACAUUUAUAAUUUUCCAAGAAACUGAUGUCUUCUUCAUUAACCUCAGAAUUUUAAAAGAGUUAUUUAACUUUAUCUUAUUGUAAAAUUCUUGCUAACACUGGUCAUAAAAAUCAAAAGAAGAAGUCUCCUGAGAAAAAGUGUCUGGCCCUUGAAUUAUUGUUAGACUUGACAUGUUGGGGACAUGGCCAAUAAUUUCAUGAGCUUGUUGGGGCCACAAAAGGAAUGGUGCUGGUAGUUCUGUUUUGACCAAGCUUGUUUGGGCCACAUUGAUGGGAUAGUGCUGGUAGUGCUGUCCUGAGGCAGCAUGUCAGUCCCACGCCAGUCUGAAGUCAUCAAGGCCCUACAAAAUGCCUGACAAUGAAAAGGUUGUUUACUCCAGAACCAUUUCUGUAACUGAUCCUCUCACCCAUGUGUGAGAUGUAUGAUUUUUUUAAACCUAAACUAAAAUCAAUGUUUCCUUGCUUCUAGGCAACACGAGCUCCUCUCCCAGCUGAUGAGGUAGCCUCCAUUUGGGAAGACACUAAGAACAUGGGAGUUCUCAUUGGUAAAGGUGGACUCUAUGGCAACGUAAGUCUUUUUAUCUCCUCAUUCAGCCGUAGUAGUGUUGUUUUCUGGGUUUUUUAAUACCAGUCACAAUGUAAAUAAUUAACAGUUAUUUAUUAAAUGUAAAGCUUUUUUAAAUUUACAAAAAUUAUAGUUCAUGGAAAUAAGUGAGGUGUGAGAAAUACCAACAUAAGGAAUUAAAAAUAACCAGACCAAAUCAUUAAAUGAAUCAGUUACACCAUUUUAAGCUACCUGUCCAUUUAGUCUGAGCAAUUCUUAAAUUAUUUGUUUUAUAAAUUUGCAUAAGUUUUGUGAACUAUAUGAAUUUGUUGGUACCAUUAAUAAUGUUUUAAAAUUUAAAAAUAAAAUGUAUUCUAAAAAUUUCCUCUAGUGUUUGCGAAUCAAACCUCCCAUGUGUAUCACCAAAGAAGACGUUGACUACAGCAUGGCUGUUAUAAGAGUAGCUCUACAGAAUCACGCCAGCAAGAAGUAGACUCGAUCCAUCAGGCGUUGGCUCAUGUUGCACUGUUUUGUUGCACAUGGAAAAAGAUAAGCAAAGAAAUUUCUAGACAAAUUUGAAGGGUAACCUCAUUAACUGGAAAUAAUUUCCUACCAACAUAUAUCAAAAUCAAAAAACGGUUUAAGUACACACAUUUUUGAGGAGCUAGACAUAGUAGAUAAAUGGACAAGCCUUUAAAAAAAACAACAACCUGUGUCAAUCAUUCCAGUUCCAUGAAUAAUUUGUCUGAUUCUUUUGUUAAGUAAACUGAAAUAGAACUUUUUGGGGGAGAAAAAUAUGUUAAUUGAGCAAAAAAUUUAAUCAACUCUUCUGUAUAAUUUUAUAAGGCAAAAUCAAUGAAAUGUGUACAUCAAAGAACUCUGUGAGUGGGAGUGGUUGGACCAUAUGUAUUACUAUAUAUUCAAGACAUUGUUUAUUUACUGUGAUCAAAAGUUGGAAGUUUGCCAAAUUUUUUUGUGUCAUAAUAACUGCAAUUAUUUUUUUUCCUACUUACUGUGGCCAUGUGACUUUUGUGUUUACAAUAUAAGAUUAUUUUACAUUAUUGAUUUGAUGAUCAUAUGUAGAGUUUUUUCAACCCUGUUAAUCCAAGGACACCUCAAUUUAUGGACUGUGCGGAGCAAACUCUAAUGGAAAAUAAUUUAGUCCUAUCUUACCUUGUACAUACAUUUUUACUCCAUUUUAUCAAAAUCUUGCCAUACACAUGUGAACGCAUCGCAACAGACCAGUGAAAAGUUGUAUUCAGUUUGUCAGCCAACAGAACAUUGAAGUAUGAAAGCUUCUCCAUCACAAAAUAGGCAAAAAAAGUGCGUAAUUUUUUAAAAGUUUUUUUAGAUAGAUAAUAAAAAAUUAAAUAUCCCUGUAUUAUUGAGCUAAAACAAUUUAUUGGUGUGUUAUGUUUUUUUCCCAUAAAAGUAUUUGUAUGUUUCUAUCAAAGUCUCUUAAAUACUUUAGAUGAUAUAGUAUUUUUUAAAAUCUUUUUUUAUUUUGUACAUGAUAUAUUAGUCUAAAGCUUUCCUAUACAAUGGUUCCUUUUAAAUUUAAUGCAUGUGUACCUUGUUUUAUGCAUUGUUGGUUGUUAGUUAGUCAAUCUCCCCUUGUGUUAAAAUAAGAAAUUUCAAAUUUACUUGGCAAAAGAUGAUGUACUGGAUCCAUUGUAGGACACCCAAGAUGGCAGUUCUGAAAAUGUGUGUGGUUUCAGUAAAUGACAUGUUUGUUUCUGCUACAUCAGGUAUUAACAUUAGUGCAUGCCACUGAACAGGUUUUCAUCAACUUAUUUUCAAAUAAGCCACAUUUUGUUGUUUGCUGUGCUAGUCAACUUGCAAUUGCUAAAGAGAAGUAUUACAGAAAAUGUUGCAACAUCCCUUUUUGAAAAAUGUUUUUUCAAUGUGUGUAACAUUCUUGCGGAUUGAUACUAAAAAUCAUGCCUUAAUAAUGAUAAUGUUUGGCUUAAUAAGAAUGUCCUGGGAAAUGCCUCACCAUUUUGUUAUACGCCUCGCCAUUUUGUUAUAAUGAAGUGGCAGUUCUCAAUGCAUUAAAACAUCUUAAGAGUCUCUGUCAAGAAAAGCUUUUCACAUUACAGUUUUUAAUGUGUGCAGUUGGUCAAGUCACAAUUUGCUGUGUUUACAUGUUUAACAAUUUCUAAUUGAGGAGACUUAAAGAGAAUCAUCCCUUCAGGUUUCUGACAAUAUUUUUAUUUUCAUAGUUCUUCAAAGUGAUUUUGUCUAUUUCAGUAUGGUAUUUUGAGGGAUUUCAGGUUGAUGUUUUUUCUUUACUGCCACCAACUGCUUACUGUGCCUUAAAUGAGUAGUCAGUCUCCACAAUUAUUGUUAUUCAAACCUGCCUUUUUCAAAUAUAUAAGAAUAUUAUUUAUUACGUUAUCUUCGGAAAAGCAUGUUUCUCCUUGUUGAUACAAAAACAAACUCAUUUACUCAACUAUGAUUAUCACUAUGGCUUAAAUCUACAGAUAAUGCUGUACAUUGCCAGUUACUUAAAUAACUGUUUGUAGUUAUUUUUACAUCAGUGAUUUUUUUCUUUAUAAUAUGUAUAUAAUUUAUGAGGACCGGUGUCAAAGAAAGCUCACAGUAUUCACUAGUAAAUAUAUUUUCAUCAUUUUAAAAAAAAUUAGCUUCAUGUAAUUUCAAGCCAAUUGUUUACUUGUUAAGUUCAUCUACUUAACUUGCAAUAUUGAAACAUACACACCACACUUGACCACCUAACAGAUGUCACUUGUAUUGUUUCAUGAGUUAACUAUUGUUACAUUCAGCGCCAGGCCAAAUAUUGUUCAUAUGUUUUGUGUCUUAUAAUUCUAAAUCAUCAAGACUUCCUAUGUUGAAUUUAACCAGUGUAAAGCUGUUUUUACCGUAAUAAUUCUUCAAUAUUUCAAAUUCACUCAUACCUGAAUCUCUUUUUUUUGUCAAUCUUAUGAAAAAAUAUGAUAUGACCGAUUUGGGAUCAGUCAUUUCUAUUGUUUGCUUCACCCAAGAAAAGCACUUUGCAAAGUUAUAAAAUGAAUUAUUAUGCAAAGUUAUCGUUUAAAAUUGAAUGAGUGAUUGACGUGCAUGAUGAAUCUCCCACCCACUGAAUGUUGUUUUGACUGUGAAGGACUUGAAAUGUAAAAGCUUUCAUUGAUAUUAUUAUAUACAUAGUUUGUUUUAUUAUUACUUCCCUGUCUGCUUGUGCUCUUGGUAGAUUAAAGAUAGUGAUGGCUUGAAUUUUAAUGACAGUUUUUUUUUUAAAUUUUGACAGGGACAAAGAGCAUUAAACAUUCUACUUUAAAAACUAUGUUCCAAAUUUUGGCUAACAGCUACAAGGGGACAUGACUACUUAGUGUUAAGGGGACAUUACUUAGUGUCUCAUAAAUAGUGGGGUCUGCUAUAAUAUAUCUCAAAUUAUUUGUUUGUGGAAAAAAAUGAAGUGAUCGGUAUAAUAACUAAUGAUGGGAAUGGCUCUAUGAAGACUUUGAUUUAAUGUGAGUUUUUGUUUUCUUUAAAAAAAAAAAAAGAUGACAUCAAAUUAAUUGUGUCAUUUUCUUCAUUGUAAAUAUAAAUGAAAUAAUUAUUUUUUUCAAAACUAGAUCAAUAAUAACUAAUGAUGGGAAUGGCUCUAUGAAGACUUUGAUUUAAUGUGAGUUUUUGUUUUCUUUAAAAAAAAAAAAAAAAGAUGACAUCAAAUUAAUUGUGUCAUUUUCUUCAUUGUAAAUAUAAAUGAAAUAAUUAUUUUUUUCAAAACUAGAUCUAAUUUUAAAUUCCAAUGAAGGUAUUCAAACAGAUCUUUAAAAAAUUAGCAAACCUCUCUGAUGGAGAGUUCCAAUAUUCAGAAAAGGGCAACAACCUGUACCCAGGUUAGGGAUCACAGAUUCAUCCAUUCAUUAACUUGUGUAUACAUAUUUUGUAGUGACUAUGACAAUGGCUUCUGUAAUUAAAUUUAAAGCAUAACUCAUCUAGUCCUUACCAGCUAUCACACAUUUAUCAAAAUUCCUUUAUAAAAAAAAAAUGAUUAUAGUAUUGGAUUUAUAGUAAGCUAUUGUAUUGUAAGGUUAUAUCACAUUCAUCAUAGCUAUGCUAUCUUGAUUGUUUCAACAUUUAUUAAGUUAUUUAGAAAUUAAGUUACUGUUUUGUAACAUAUGUGAGAUUCGUAGUAAAAAAAAUCAUAGCUAUGCUAUCUUUAUGGUUUCAACAUUUAUUAAGUUAUUUAGUAAGUUACUGUAUUGUAAGAUCAUAUGAGAUUCAUAGUAAAAAAAUCAUAGCUAUGCUAUCUUGAUGGUUUCAACAUUUAUUAAGUUAUUUAGUAAGUUACUGUAUUGUAAGAUCAAAUGAGAUUCAUAGUAAAAAAAUCAUAGCUAUGCUAUCUUGAUGGUUUAACACUUCUUAAGUCAUUUAGUAUUGUAUUAUGAGGUUAUAUUACAUUCAUAGCUAUGCUAUCUUGAUGGUUGCAACACUUCUUAAGUCAUUUAGUAUUGUAUUAUGAGGUUAUAUUACAUUCAUAGCAAUGCUAUCUUGAUGGUUCAACAUUUAUUAAGUCAUUUACAACAUAAAUGUGAUGCUUGCUGUUUUUAUUGGACUAGCUUGGCAUUCAUAUUAUAUAUUAUAUAAAACUCAACUUUCUUCAUCAUAGUUUUGGGGUGUUAUGCUUAACUUUUAAUAUGUUAAUCAACUUAAUGCAAUAAAUAAAAUAACUAUCCUU